AAUUUAGUCGAGCAGUUCGUGUGCGGAGUGCGGGAUGUACACUUAAGAAGCCGCAUGUUCCGUCAUCACGACAUUACACUACUCCAGGCAGUAGAGAUCGCCAGAGCAGCUGAGCUCUCUGAGCAAUCAACAGCUGAUUUGGAGCGGCUACAGUUGUCAUCUCAAACACCAGGGCACGUUCCGUUCGCUCCACCGGCCUCACAAGUACAUGACAUUGACUAUGAUGAUUUUACACCUUCUGAGGACCUGGAGCCCGACAACGUCGGCCAAGUCCGUGCCCAACCGCGGCGGAAGCAACCUGCAUCAUCAGCCGCCACACCGCUGACACCGCAAAACUCCAAGGUGUCUUGCCUUAGUUGCGGAGGCCGCCACGACCGCCAAACCUGUCAAUUCAGAAACGCAAUCUGCCGCCGCUGUCAGAGGCAGGGGCACAUCGCCCAAGUCUGCCGAGCCUCUUUGCCGGCCCCUGCCUUCUUUCAAGCUAAUGAGAGAACCAAGUCGCAGCAGCGCCGCCAGCAGCCACCGAAACCAACUCGCAGAGGAGACGACUGCCAUAAUGUGUCCGAACCACAAGAAGUAGAAAGUUUCAUCAAUCAAGCCUCCUCGGGAUCUCGCAAAGUUACAGCCAAUGUCCACCUGGCAGCUCGGGUGCUACAAGGGAACCCCCAUCUCCCUUAG